GUACCUCCUGAUGGAAGCCAACCAGCUCUGAUCCACAGUCAGCUUCUACCCGGGAGAACAUUGUUCACAGGUUAUCCGGGUCUCUAUCGGGGGGUUAAUCCGUCUGAAGACGCGCAGGAAGCGGACCGCUGCUGCUGCGGAGAUCCGCAGAUGAAGGCGAGCGAACAGCGGCUGGUUGAGGCGCACAUUGCGUCAUCAGCGUCAUCCAGGGCUGGAUGAGCAGCAGGCUGAUCCUGGAGCAACAACAGCCUCACUGCUUCCCUCCAUCUCCUGCGCUGCUUUCUGCUCAGGUCACGUUUGAUUUCUGCAACAUUUGGGCUCCAGGUUAUCUUCCAGGUCGUCUUCCAGGUCCUCCUCCAGGUCCUCCUCAGCAGGAGCUUCCACUCUGCUCCCAGGUGCUUCAGAAGGGUCUUCACGCCUCCUCCCCCUCUGCAUCAGGAGCAGAGGAAGAGGAGGGCGGACCACACCCAGAGUCCCAGCAGCUUCAUCCUCCUCUUCCUCCCUCAGCCUGGAGGUGUUCAGUCGGAGCGGAGAGCGUUGGUGUGACUCCUCCAAAGUGAGCCAGGAUGCUCCUGCUGCCUGUGACCCUCCUUGCUCUCCAAGCGACUCUGUGCCAUGCAGCCUGCGUGGAGGUGGACUCUGACACGGAGGCCGUGGCUAACGAGGGCUUCAGGCUGGGAUGCAUUUCCUGCAAGAUGAGAGGCGAAGUUCCCGCCAUCGCCGUCGUUAACUGGUUCUUCAAGGGUUCAGAGGACAAAGAUUUCAAUCCUUUGUACAUGUAUGAGAACAAGCAGGGCGAGGUCCUGGACCCUCGCUUCUAUGAGCGUCUGGACUGGAGCGGCAGCAAGCACACCCUGGACCUGCAGGACGGCUCCAUCUACAUCCUCAAUGUCACCUUCAACGACACGGGGACCUACCGCUGCACCUUCGAGCGCAAACUCCUGUACUCCAACUACGAGUUUGAAGUCAACACCACCAGGGUGAUCCACCUCAACGUGGUUCCCAAACUCACCAGAGGAAUGGCGUCCAUCCUGUCUGAGGUGAUGAUGUACGUCUCCAUCAUCGGGCUGCAGUUCUGGCUGGUCGUUGAGAUGAUUUACUGCUACAGGAAGAUCUCAGCGGCCGGAGAAGAAGCUCUGAGGGAGAGCGAGGCCGAGUAUUUAGCCAUCGCUUCAGAGAGCAAAGACAACUGUGCAGGAGUCCAGGUGGCAGAAUAAUCCUGGUUACAGAAGGAGGCCCCUCCCUGAGGAACCCGCCUCCUACAGCCUCCCCUCCUCCUCCCUACAUGAUAGAAAUCCUGAUACCUGGAAGCAGAAACAGACUCAGCUUGAAGAAGCUGCUGAGCUGCGAGGAGCAGAAGGAAGCAUGAAGUUCCCCAGGAGGAGAUCUGAGGACUGCGUCCCGCUGGGUUCCCCAUCCCUGCAUGCUGAGGAGCAUCGCUCAUGUUCUCUCACUUUUCUUCACGGACCAGUUGUUCAUCUGCAGGUUUAAGUUUCUGUCAGGAAAAUUCAAGGAUGAGAUUUAAAACUAAAGCAACAACAAAUCAGAAAACAAACAUCUUGUUGGAGAGCAGGGCUGCAGCAGCUUCCUGCCAGAAGUUCAGAACUUCUCCCUGAAAGUCUUUCAUAUAAAAAACAAAAUAAUCCUGGUUUGGAUUUUUUCUGCAGGUUUUCCUUUAAAAAGGAGAGAGAAGAAAAAAUCCCUAAAAAGUAGAGAAAUCGCUCCAUUAAUCACCAUCAAAGCAAAACGCCUCUGCAUGUUCAUCUAAGGUGCUGCAGCAGCGACACCCAGUGGACAAAUAAAUCAAUGAACAAUAAUUGGAAGCUUCAGUCGACAGAACAAACAGUUCCUGCAUCUUCAAAACAUUGAAUUUAUUUAGAGAAAUUAAGUUGAUGGAG